AUGAUAAGCUUCCAAAAGAAAGAUUUAAGUGGGCUUGAUCUGCCACACAAUGAUGCCCUCAUCAUAAGCAUCCAGAUCCCACAAGCCAUGAUGGACCGAGUUCAUGUUGACGAGGGCAGCGCAGCCAAAAUCCUACAACUUUUGGUGGUCCAACAGAUGGGAAUGGAUGCCAAGAUCAACAGGUCGCCCAGGUCAAUGACCGGAUUCAACAGAGCAACGAAGAUCACUGUGGGAAUGGCAGGGCUCAACUUCUACUCCCCACCAGUGAACAUCGCUCAAACAUUCAUGAUCAUCGACAAAGUCUACCCCUACAAUGGCAUCUUGGGCAGACCAGGGAUUGACAAGAUUAACGCCAUCACAUUCGCCACGCACUAA